UUCUGAUGGAGCAAACAAACCCUUGGGAAACAACGGGGAUUCCUACCAUCACCCACACUCCGCAAGUCUUGUCGUCGUCCUCAUCCCGGGCCGAAAGGUCCCUGACUGCCUCAGACAAGAAGCUUAAGAAGCAAAUCCAACCACGUCAACUUCUGAGUUGCACUAAAUGUCGAGAACGCAAGGUAAAAUGCGAUCGCACGAAACCAUGCUCUGCUUGUUGUGCCAGAGGUCUNCCCAAAGAGUGCCACUUUGUCCUCGGAGAGGGCGCUGAAUUCGGACCAAUUCAACAAUCUCUCGAGCUUCGAAGACUGCGAGCUGAGAACCAACGACUGAAAGAACGUCUUUUAGCCGACAGAUCAUCGCUUUCGGAAGGCAGUGAGACCGAAGAAGGUUCUGCCAAUGUCAGAACGAACUCCACCACAAAACAAUCGAACCGCCAGCGGCGGUUUCGUGCGAGUGAGCAGAUUGACAGCAUCUAUUUCGGAUCUCCAGGGCUGGCGAGUGUCAUAGCCGAUUUUGCGAAUCUCCAAGUGGAACCAAAAUCGCUGUCGCAUGCAAUGCCUCGAGCGGCUGACAUGUAUACAACUCAAGAUUCCAUGUACCCGUUUCCAACACUAUGGCCUGCCAUGACACGUACGCAAGGCCUGCUACAAUGUCUGCCCUCGCGCGACGAGCUCUACCACUAUCUUGACGUCUUCCGACAGAAGGCGCGAGGUUUUGCUUUUCCUUAUGUGCCUGAAGACUUGACACAGAAAGAAGUUGAGCGCUUUCUCGAAAAUGCUGAAGAGAACGCUGAGAAGGUUCCGGAUUUACUCGCACUCAUAUUCGCAGCGCUAGCUUUAGGGGUGCAGCUUGACACAUUCGGAAGUCGCAAAGAAGCAGAAACAAGCACACUUCAGAACAGCAGGGGCAAGGGCGAGAUAUUCUCUGUCGCGGCCAUGCAAGCGCUUCGGCUGGCAUCCUUCACCAGCCGUCCCACUCUGAAAUGCAUCAAAGUCAUGAUCAUGCUUGCUCCUUACUUGACCAAUAGCGGACGGUUUCUCGAUGCUUGGUCUUUCUCGGGUCUCACGAUCCGACUAGCCCACUCGGUCGGCCUGCAUCGCAAUCCUCGUCUUCUUGACCCAACACCCUCACUCCGUGAAUCGACGGUACGCAAGAAUCUCUGGUGGUGGCUACUACACAUGGAUCAAGAAUACUCGAUGACACUCGGUCGGCCUCUGGGCAUCUCGGGACUAGGAGAUUGUCCGCCNCCUGACCCUCUCACAACGGAUCCAGUGGCCUUACGGCUGAGCGAAUUCUUUGACCAGCUCACGAUCCAUGGACGACAAAUUUUGAGCAGUAAUUCACUUACAGACUCAAAGAUUGACAUGUACACUGAUCGCCUGAUCGCUUUGUGGGAUACGAUGCCAGAACCUCUGCAAUUUAACAGCUCCUGGAUCCAAGAGGAAACAGUAAUUCCUGAAUGGCCAAUGGAGACAAGGGCGGCGAUUUCUUACUGCAGCAUUCACAACUACAUUAUCCUGCUCAAUCGUCAACGUAUCGAGAACAACCGGAAGAGCCCAGACUACCGACCACGUUCACCAGGCUACCCUCAGUUCGCCGGUGUUCCCGAUUACACCCUUCCUCCAACAUCACACACACCCUCACCAUCUCCCAUGGUGCCGCGAGGUAGACCACUAGUGAUAGAGUCUUGUCUAGCACUACUAGACGCCUUCCAAUUCUUCCAUAAGCGCGUUCCCUCUGCGCUCGUCGAUUGGACGAUCGGCCAGCAAGCCUUCAACGCCUGCAUGAUCCUGUUAAUCGAUGGCAUUGACCGCGAGAGCAUCGAACAUAUCGGAAGAGUAGAAAGAGCAUACACGGUGUUUGUGGAGAUGGACAAGGCAGGAAUGCACCAGCUGACAGGAUUGGCCAUGUCUCGGAUCACCGACGGUCUCAAUUGUCUCAGACAACAAUCCGAGACACACAAACGGUCGAUAAAUGUCGAAGCCAUAUCACCCAUGAAUGUGCAACACAGUCACGAGGGUGCUUCUCACAACCCCUUUGACUGGGAUAUGGGUCAACGGCUGCGUGACCAUGACUUCUUGCAUGAGCCAGUCAUGGGAGCUACGGGCAUGUUCUUACUCGAAGACCAUGGCCUCCAAACUACCUCUCGAUCCAAAGCCGAAGCUCCCCCUGGCCAUGUUCACACGCCUGAAGCCGCUGUCGUCCCCUCUUCGGAACAACCAAGUUACAAAGCCGGGUUGAUGCCUCAUUCGACACUGCUGGACCCACGACGAGACUCUGCUCAUCCUCUCGGAUACAUGUCUGCUAAUCAUCCUGCUGCCAAUAUGUCAGCGGUACCUGUUCACUAUCGCCAACUCGCUAGCCAACACCUUGCUGAGAUGCAGCCCAUGCCAGCCUACAGUCAUGCUGAGAGUUAUGUCCAGCAUGCACAGCAAUCCCAUCACGGACUCUACACACCACCUCUGCCACGAGGAGGAGGAGCAGCGCACCGAGGGUCUUUGCAUCCACAAAACCAACGACCGCAG